AUGGAUACUUCAACCAAGGAGAACAAAGCUGAAAAAGGCCAAGCAGCAUACAUUGCUCCAUUGUCCACAGCGCCAGACAGCGAAGCAGCGACUGGAGAUGAAAUCCGGGAGCUAGAACAUGUCGCAGCCAGACUGCCAGCGCGGGUUUGGCUGGCCGCAACGAUCGGAAUGGCAGAGCGGUUUGCGUACUAUGGCACACAGAGUCUCUUCCAAAACUAUCUCCAGAACAGCCCAGGUGACCUCAUACCCGGCGCAAUGGGAUUAGGAAAGUCUCAUGCUACAACGGUCAAUUUGGCCGUUACAGUUGCAGUGAAUCUACUGCCGUUGCCGGCGUCGAUGCCGGUUGAUGGACGUCUAGGGAGAUAUAAGGCUUUGCAAAUAUUCACAGGAAUCUACGCUCUAGGAUCUGCAAUCCUGUUCGGCACCUCAUUUCCCUCGGAGAUGAGGAACGGCGUUGCUCUUAUAGGGUUUAUUUUGGGGAGCAUUCUGAUUGCUGUGGGACUGGGAGGUGUUCAAGCUUCAGUGCAGCCUUUUAUUGCGGACCAAUAUACAGAACAAACGACGCCGAUAAGAAUCAGAAAGAAUGGUCAGCGAGUGGUAGAGAGUCGCGAACUGACCAUCCAGUAUAUCUACAAUGUAUACUAUUGGAUGGUGAACGUCGGCUCACUGGGAAGCAUUGCUACCACUUUGAUGGAGAAGUAUAUUGGCUUCUGGUCUGCGUAUCUGCUGGACCUGUGUGCCGUGGUACUUGCCGUGGUGAUUGUCCAUUUAGCAGGACCAAAGUUCGUCCAUCCUGUCCCACAAGGUUCUGUUCUUCCCCGUGCAGCUCGCUGCCUAUGGUAUGCUGCCCGGGGUGGAUUCAGUCUGGACGCUGCUCAGCCAGAGUACCAGUUAGAGAACCACCAGCGAGUGGUGCCGUGGGAGAAGGAAUUCAUUUCUGAGCUUUGGGAUGCACUGUCUGCAUUCAAAAUCUGGUACUCCUCCCCGAUCCUGGGUGCUCAAGUCUCAAUCUCGCAAGCCGGACAGAUGGAAACCCACGGCAUCCCCAAUGACCUGAUAAAGUCGUCGAACCCGAUCGCCUACGUGAUCUUCGGCGUGCUCGUCCAGAAAUAG